GCAUUACAGUUUAUGUAGUGCAUUUUUUAAAAUAGUGUUAAUAUUUUCAAAUGUGUUUAUUGAAUAUUAACAUGUAGAAUUAUGAGACCUCCGCAGCUUGUCACUCUCCUGGCGCGGAUGAUGAUGAUGAUGAUGAUGUUGACAAAGUUUUCAGGCACGCGCUUAUCUUCAUCCUGAACGCCUUCUCAACCUUCGCCUCAAAUUCUCCUCUGAUGUGUCCUGAAAUUGGAAAACAGGAGUAAACUGUUGCAAAUCACAAAUAGAGCUCUGCGUUCAAGUCCUCAGUUAAAGCUAUGACCUCAGCCACGCCUCCUUCCUCCCGUAGCCCCUCCCCUCAGAAGGUCUGCCACUCACAGACUCAGACAGACGUCCUAAAGCCACUCCUGGGCGGAGGAGGCGGGGCUUCACCAGGAAACGGGCCUGCGGCGUUGAGGCGUCGCCGACGGGUGCUAUCUAAAGAUGGGCGGAGCAAUGUUCGCAUCGAACACGUCAGUGGCCGAGGGGCGCUUUACCUGCGUGACCUCUGGACGACCUUUCUGGACAUGCAGUGGCGCUACAAGCUUUUCCUGUUCUCCGCCACCUUCGCCGGCACCUGGUUUGUCUUCGGAGUGCUGUGGUACUUAGUGGCACUUGUGCAUGGAGAUUUACUAGAGUUUGACCCUCCAUCCAAUCACACGCCGUGUGUGAUGCAGGUCCAAACUCUGACGGGAGCAUUUCUUUUCUCCCUGGAAUCGCAAACUACGAUCGGUUACGGCUUUCGCUGCAUCACUGAGGAAUGUCCGCUUGCCAUCAUCCUGCUUAUUGUCCAGCUUGUCAUCACCAUGGUGAUGGAGAUCUUCAUCACUGGAACCUUCCUUGCUAAGGUAGCUCGGCCGAAAAAACGUGGCGAGACGGUGAAGUUCAGUCAGCAUGCUGUGGUGGCCAAUCACGAGGGCCGACCUUGCCUCAUGAUCCGCGUCGCUAACAUGCGCAAGAGCCUCCUUCUGGGCUGCCAGGUGACAGGUAAGCUCCUGCAGACGUCGGUGACUAAAGAGGGUGAGACGGUACGCCUGGACCAGAGGAAUGUAGCCUUUCAAGUGGACACGUCCAGCGACAGUCCCUUCCUCAUUCUGCCCCUCACUUUCUACCACAUAAUAGAUGACAACAGCCCAAUGCGGGCCUGGGCCGCCAAAGGUGGUGGGUGGACCGAUCCGGAGAUGGCUGACUUCGAGUUGCUCGUGAUCAUGAGCGCUACCGUAGAGCCGACCUCGGCCACGUGUCAGGUGCGCACCUCUUACCUGCCCGACGAGAUCCUGUGGGGCUACGAGUUUCCCCCCGUCGUCUCCCUCUCCCCAUCCGGAAAGUAUGUAGCAGAUUUUGCCUUUUUUGACAAGGUUGCCAAGACCAAGACCCCGCCCGUUUUUAAACAAACCCCGCCUCCCAGCACACAGUCUCCGCCACAUCAAGGCAGCGGCAGCGGAGGCCAAGACACGGAGAAGAUGCGAUUGGAGGAGAGCUACCGGGAGGAAAGGGGGCGGGAAAGGGGGCGUGUCCGGGACCAGCAUAGCGUCCGCAUUAGUAACGUCUAGAGAGAGAGAGAGAAACAGCUUGGAUGAAUGACUGAGAAAGGGAUCUGAUGGAGAUAAACUGCUUGAGUACUCGUUUGAUUCAGCGUUAGCCAACUUUUUUUUUUUUUUUCGAUGCCACUGAGCUUACCUGUUUUACUAGGUAGCGUGCCAGCAGAGUUGGCUAGCGCUGAAAUACACUGGCAUGCAAGCAUGAAAUAGAGAAGAGAAAGAGAGCGGCUAUGUUCGGAAGAGCACACUAGCAUACUA